UUUUUUACCACCUCCCACGUCGCGAAAGAGAGAAAGUGAAUGAGAGAGACAGAGACAGAGGCAGAGACAGAGACAGAGACAUACAGAGAGAGAGAGAGACACACACACAGAGAGAGAGAGAAACAGAGAGGAAAAAAGAGAGGGAGUGAGAUAGAGAUCCCUCCCCCACCUCGCUCGCAUCUUUUACCCGACGAUAGCGCGAGAGAAACAGAGAACCACACAGACAGACGGACGGACAGACGGACAGACAGGCUGACUGACUGACUGACUGACUGACUGACUGACUGACUCCAGACUAUUCUCAGAUAGAGACGAGUCUCCAUCUCCAUCUCCAUCUCUGCCCAACGUCAACGCGGCGCCGAUCCCCGCCCCUCGCACGCUCUCUGCCGCGCAUCCAUCUUAUCCAGUCAGUUCCCUUUUUGGGCAUCCGGGCGCAAAGUGAGAGGGAAGAAAACCGACAUUUCGCAAGUCUCCAACAAACCUCGAAGCUCGAUCUACCUUACCUAACUUACCUACCUACCUACCUACUCUCGCCUCGGACGGGAUUACCUACCACCACCCCUCGCCAUCCCGCACCUUUUCUUCCUCCCAACCCAACGACAUACCCGGAUCCCGGCCACGAACGCGAACCAACGACAAAGUACCUUGUUUCUCUUGUCCCGACUUUCACACCAACCUGCGGAUACAGGAUCCCCCUUCCUUUCCCUUCCUCUCCCCCUUCCGCCUACAUACACACACACAGUACAAGAUACACACCGCGCGACGUGCUGCCUAGGUACGCUGCAUACAUAGCAUAGUGUACGGUACACACACGCCGCCGUCAACUGUCGACCGUCGACCGUCAACUGUUCGUCAGGAGAGGAACGGCUCAGGCCCAGGCUCAGGCACAGACACAGACAGGCACACUCGACCUUUCUUCCAAACACGGCGAGCUUCUCCCAUUGCUUGCCGUUGCGCCGCCUGCUCCCCUCCCCUCCCCUCCCCUCCCCUCCCGGGAUUCAGAUCAGAUACACCACGGACACCAAACUAUCCAUACACACAACAUACACAUCAUACAUACCUGUACACACACAUAUACAAGAAACAACACACACGCCCCCCAACCAAACUCAACCUGGCCCCUCCGUUUUCACGUCCGGCCUUCUCAACUCACUCAGUCACUCACUCACACAGGCUACCUACCUGCUUGUUUGAUUGAUUGCUUGAUUGCUUGUCCCCCUCGCCUCCUAACCCAUUCUUCUCCCCUAACCCCCUUCCUCCUGGUCUCCUCUCACCAUCCCCGCCACCUACCUCCCGUCUGCGUCGCGUUGCGUUGCGUUGCGUUGCCCUGCGCUGGCCCAAGUAACUGGACAUUGACUGGACCGGACCGGACCGGACCAGGCAAGGUCCUGACUGACUGGGACUUGCGACUGGGACUGCGACUGGGACCAGUUACUCUCCUCCGAGUUGCCCAUAGCUUGUCCAUGGCCGCCACCUGCUCCUCCUUUCCCUCCGCUUCCUCCUGCUCCCACUCCCUCCUCUCGGAUCCGGCCUGACCCUAUUUUCUCUUCGUCUCUUGUUUUUUAUUUUAUUUUUCUUUCAUAAACAUUGUGUACGCAUGUACAUAUAUAUCCAGCAUGGAUCCUCCGGGGCAGCCUGAUAACAAACGCCCCCGUCUGUCGAGUACCAACUCGUGGUCACCGCAGCAUCAACAACUACCGCCACUCCACCACCCGCCGCCGCCGCCUCCUCCUCCGUCCUCCUCGCACCCGUCGACGCCUCACCAGGCCCAUACUCUGCCGCCUCAUCACCCCUCGCAGCAGCAGCAGCAGCCCGCCCCAUAUAACAACCACCAGCCGCAGCCGCCCUAUCCUCCUCGGUCCGUCGAGCCUCACCACCCUUCCCACGCGGCGCCCCAACACCAUCACCCCGACGACCGACGACACCAUGACCAAGAGCCUCCCUACGCGCCGAUGCAGGACCACUACCGACACCCGCCCUCGCCUGCCCACCCGCACUACCCUCCCUACCACAACAACAAUAACAACAGAGACCCCGGAAGCGUGAAGAGGGAGCCGCACGAAGAGAACCUUGCCCACCCGCGACGCCCGCACUCGACCGGCGGCGGCGCGCCGCCAGACGGCCUACCUCCCCCGCCGCACUCGGCGCCGCCUCACCCUUCUCACCAACCUCAUCAACCCUACCCCGACGACUCGAGACGACACAUGAGCUACGACAGCGGGCCUCAGCAGAUGCCCCCCACGCCGGGGGGCUAUCGAGGCAGCUACCCCCCUCCGCCCAUGGCCCAAUCCCAGCCGCCACCGCCGCCUCCUCCCCAGCACUACGAACAACCGCCUCAGUACCAGGCUCCUCCAGAGUCCAUCUAUAACAAUAUCCAAUACUCGUCCACCGCGAAGCGCAAGGCGACACGAGCCUCCCAGGCUUGCGAUAGCUGUCGACAGCUCAAGGCGAAAUGUGAUGAAACCAAGCCUUGCAAAAGUUGCAGAGAGAAGGGUGUCGAGUGUAAAUAUCGCGACCCCAUCCCAAAGGCCAUCGACAAGGGACAGACCGACAUCCUCGAGGCCAUCUCCGAGAUGAAGUGCUCCAUGGAGGCCAAGAUGGAGGCCAAGUUCGAGGCCCAGAUCGAGGCCCAGCAGCGGUGGAUGAAGAAGUUGGAAAACACGCUCAAGAUGCACAACAUCAAGAUCGAACCCGAGAUGCAGCCGGCAGACCACUCGCCUAUCCAUCAGAAGUCCAUUGUAAAGUCGCCAUCGCCCGUCGCCGCCGCUGACGCCGACACCGCCGCCGCCGCGCCCAUGCUCGAGAGGUAUCCCGCGCCCGAUGUGGACAUGGACGAGCCGCAGCCCAUGGCCGUGGGCGAGACGGACCUGCCCCAGCAGAUGCACGAUGCCGAAGAUGCCGAUGAACAUAUGCCUCCAGGAGAACCCGUGGCACCGGGCGCGCCGUCCAUCCCCGCCAACCACACUACCCGAGCCGACAUGCUGUUAUCGUGGCCAGGCAUCAAGGAGAUGACCCAGGGGGUCUUGGAGAGGGAGGGCGUCAGGUACCCCCAGGAGUAUCCCAUCGCCCAGGAGGAGAAGCGCGGAGUCUUGCGCCUUUACGGCCGAGGCGAGGGCAGCGGCCAAGAGAAAACGACCCCAGCUACCAGUGCUACGGCCGCCGCAUACGAACGGAGCAACGCCGCCGAGGCGUUUGGCACUGUCGACGCCAUCGACGACAACUUUUCCGAGACGGGCAACUCGCCCUCGCCGGGGGAGGCUUGGGGCCAGGUCGGAGGGCUCAGUCCGCCCACGAGCGUUGGCUACACCAGCGGCACCCUCGUCGGCGACGGCCAUCCGGACUUCUCCGAAGAGACGGUCAAGUCGUACGUGCACAGCUUCGAGAAGCACAUCCUCAGCCUGCACCCCAUCCUGCCGCUCGGCGACCUGAGGAGCCUGGUCAAGCGCUUCUUGGACAGCCUCGCGCAGACCGAGAAGAAGACAAAGCCUUCGGCUCCCGGCGUCGCCAAGUUCGUGCCGCCGGCAAACUUCUCGGAAAUGUCAAACAAGCGGAAGCGCUCGCCCGCAGGCGACCAGCCCGACGAGCCUGCUCCGCUGCCCAGGAAGCCCGGCCGGCCGCACAGGACCAUCGAGAACGCUCUCGUCUUGGUCAUCCUCGCCCUCGGCAAGAUCUGCCAGCACGAAUCCAAGAUCCCCGACCUGCCUCGAGACUUUCCCGAGCACAACCACAACUCGCCGGCCAACCGGAACGGAUACCCGUCCUCGCCCGGCGCGCAGGCAUCACCCCCUUCCUACUCGGCGCACUCGCAGUCCUCAGGGCUGCCUUCGCCCAAGGAGCAGAACAACAGCCUGCCGAGCCGCCGGCACUCCAUGCAGGGCACCGGCGCCCUCAAGACGGGCCAGUCCCUGAGGCGCAACUACGACAUCAUCCCGGGGCUGGAGUACUUUGCCUACGCCUCCGACAUUAUGGGCAAUCACAUGGCCGGAUGGACUAUGAAGCACGCGCAGACCUUCAUCUUUGCUGGUCUGUACUACGGCCAGCUGGGUCGGGUUCUGGAGAGUGACGCCAUGUUCUUCAACGCCGCCCGAUCACUGAACAUGAUUAUGCGCCGCGACAUGAGCCGCUUCUUUAAGAUGGGAGUGUAUAAUCCUCCGGAAAAGAAGCGAGACAACCUUACUCUCCUCGCGUUCUGGAGCUGCCUGCAGUUGGAAAACGAUAUCAUUGCGGAGCUUGAACUCCCACGGUCAAGGUGUCAGGACUAUGAAGAACAGAUGCCAUGGCCCAACAUGGCGCUCAUGGACCCCGACUUCUCGGUCCGUGUCCGCGACUCUUACAUCGGACAGCUGUACCUGCGCAAGACGCUCAACACCAUCCACACGUUGCUGUACGAUCCCAAAGAACAACACGUAUCAGUGUACGACAAGAUGAGAAAGGUCCAGGCCCUGGAGCAACAACUGCGAAGCAUGACGUGGGUUUCCAAUGACUUUAGGUUCAAAGAGGAAGACCCCCCCGCGACCGACCUGCUUGACGCGAGACUGCGCGCCAAGUACUGGGGCGCCCGGGUCAUCAUCUACCGGCCCUUCAUCAGGUUCAUCCUGGAGGUCUCGGAGAGGCUCAAGCAACGAUCUGACGACUCGGGUAUGCUGAACAAGGAAAACGUCGCCGCCAUCGGCGUCUUCAACCCGCACGACGCCUCCGCACUCGUGGGACACGGCUCUCACGGCAUCCGCGGACACGACGAGCUCGACCCGGAAGUGAAGGCUUGGGCCGAGAGAGGCAUCAAGGCCCUCAUCCAGAGCACCCGGGCCUUCCACGGCGUUGACAGCAAGCGACUCCUCGUGACCAACAUCUUUGGCACAGCACAUGCGCAAUGGGGCAACCUAUUGAUCUUGGCCGCCGCUUACAAAGACCCUUACCUCCAUCGCCUCAUCGAACGGACGCAGCUGCAGGAACUCUUCAGGAAGACCAUUGACAUGCUCAACAUGCACGCCCAAUCCUCCAGCGCGCUGGCCAUCGACAUGCAUAUCCUGCAGCACAUCGAGAAGGAGCUCUUCUUCAACGAGCCCAGGGUCAGCUCCGGCAGCUUCUCGAGCUCGGCCAGCAUGACGGGUCCAACCAUCCCGCCGCCGCCUCCGCCGCCGACUCACCACAACCAGGGCCCGAUGUCCAUGUCCUACGCCGUCGAGCCCAACCACCACAGCGCCCACAACUCCCCGAGUCAGGGCCCCCGUAUCCUGAGCAACGGAUCGGGCCACCCGCCGAACCACGGCCAGAGCUAUCACGGCCACGCGGUAUACCCCACGCAGCCUGGCCAGCAGCCUAUGCAGAUGUAGACGGGGCAACCCAUACGCGGAAGUCGAAACGUACACGAUAAAGGCCUGCGUGCGACGACGAAAGAGAUGUCAGCCGAGGUCGGAUGGACCAGUCACCUCAUGGGAAAGGAGCCGGGUUGGCUAUGGGGAGAACGGGAUAACUAAUUGGGAGGAAAACCGGACACGAACCUGAUGAUACGGGCCAGGGGUGUCUCUCCCCGCUCCUGGUCACGAACCUCUCUUCAUACCCAAACAACAUCGUCAUCAUCAUCAUUAUACAUGAACCGGCGUUUUUGUUUCAUUUUGCGAAUUCGAUUCACUUCUCGUAUCUACUUUCGAUCUCCCCGGGGCGAAAACAACCUCGACUCGACAAGAUUGACGACGCAUGGCAAAGACAUUCUUUAGGCCACACCUGUCUAGGGUUGCCGCCGCUCGGUCUGUCGUUGCCAGGAAAGCCCGACAAUCAUUGGGGGGGGACCGAAGCAAGGAUU